CGAAGGAUCCCAAAGAAAACUUAUAUUGUGGAAAUCCCAUUGCAGCCAAACAUACCUCAUCGACCUUCACCAGUUUGACAUUUCUCAAAACAAAACACAAUCUGCGAAAACCCAACCUUCAAUUUCUUGACCCUAACCUAAUUUUCAAGCCUUGAAACCCUAGAUUUUAUUUCCACCAUGGGAUUAUACUUUCGUCUCUGAAAUGGCUUCCGUUUGGCCCCUGCAAUUGCAUCCUAUUUCUAUUCCGCAUCAAGUUUCGACAAAUGCAUUGGACCUUAAACCACAACUAGGGUUCAAAGAAAGAUACCGGAUUUGGAAUAGGAAGAACAAAUAUAGAGAUUUUUUUGUUAGAGCCUCCGGCGAUGCGUUGCCAUCGGGUGAAGUUAAUCCGAUUAAGGAUGAAGCGAUCCUUGAAAAAACAGAGAACAAUGGCAUGGUGGUCCUUCGGCAUCAAGUGUCAAGACUACAAGAAACAAUAAUCUCUCUCCCUCCCAUUGUUUUCUUGGUAAAAAGCUCCCCUCGUUCCAAAUUUGCAUUAGGGUUUUGUAUAGCAGCGACCCUAUUGAUUGUUGCCAUGAGAGUUUAUAUGGCGAGGAAGGUGAGGUACAAACGCUCUGGAUCCGUUGCUGAUCUUGUCAGGCGUGGCCAGCUAAACUCUGAUAGAAGAGGCAUAUCAAAGACACCAUUGUACGAUGAUCCAUUCGACAAUCCACUAGUAAAGAUCAGUAAGAACAAUUUGUCGGUUGAAAUGUGUGGAAAAGUUUAUCGUUUAGCCCCAGUGACUCUAACAAGAGAAGAGCAAAACAUACAUCAAAAGCGGAGGUCACGAGCCUAUCAAUGGAAGAGACCGACAAUAUUCCUUAAAGAAGGUGACCCCAUACCUUCUGAUGUUGACCCCGAUACGGUUCGAUGGAUUCCGGCAAAUCAUCCUUUUGCGACCACUGCUAGCGACAUUACUGAAGAUUUGGCUCAAAAUAACGUGCGUCAAAAGCACGGUGUUCCCUUCCGUAUUCAGGCCGAGCAUGAAGCGUUGCAGAAAAAGCUUGAAGCUUUGCAAAGCGAUCAGAAGUUCAACAAUUUGGGAGUUGAUCCGGGAACUGCUCGUAAUUUUGAGAGACCAUUCAAGUCGAAUCUCAAGUUAGAUGAUCAGCAGGCUGAACAGAACUCGGUGAAUGGUCAAACGGGCUCUCAACCAGAAAGUCAAACCAAUUCUCAUACGAGUAGCAGCAAUUCAACUUCUGAAGAAAAGCGGACACAAUGAGGACGCAUCUUACUUUGUACGAUAGUCGUGGCCAUGCAGCAAUCUCUUCACGGACGGGUAUGUAUAGUGUUCGAGGUACUUCAGAUUCUUGAUUUUUGACUUUUUUUCUGUUGACUCUUGACUAGUCAAAGUGAAAUGGUGGAUGUUUGAUUGUAAUUAAUGGUUUUCCCUGGUGCAAGUUUUAUGUUC